AUGCUUACUCUUACCAAAGAACACAUUGAUCAUUUGAACAAAACGCUCACUGAGCUUUCUGCGCCAGAACUAUUAACGUGGGCAGCAAUCACUUUUCCAAACUUGUACCAAACCACCGCUUUCGGACUUACUGGGUUGGUGAUUUUGGAUAUGAUCUCGAAGACCAAGUCUGUUGACUUAAUUUUCAUCGACACGUUGCACCAUUUCCCUCAGACCUACGACUUGAUUAACCAGGUGAAAGAAAAAUACAACCCAAAAUUGCACAUUUACACGCCUGUGGGCACUAAGACCGAGUCUGAAUUUGCCAAAAAACACGGCGACUCGUUGUGGGAUGUUGACGACCACCUCUACGACUUCUUGGUGAAGGUGGAGCCUGCACAAAGAGCAUACAAAGAACUUCGAGUCAAUGCAGUUCUCACUGGCAGAAGAAAGAGUCAGGGUGCAGCCCGUGCCUCUUUGCCAGUGAUUGAAUUGGAGGAGAGCAGUGGAAUCAUCAAGAUCAACCCAUUGUGGAACUGGGACUUUGAUAUGGUUAAGAAGUACAUUGAUGAGAACGAUGUGCCAUACAAUGAGUUGCUUGAUUUGGGGUACAAGUCCAUUGGAGACUGGCACUCCACUGUUCCUGUUGCUGAUGGAGAGGAUGAGAGAGCAGGUAGAUGGAAGGGUCAGGCAAAGACUGAGUGUGGUAUUCACCAGACAGGACGUUUCACAAAGUAUAUGAACGCAGCACACUGA